AUGGGAUCUGGACCUAGUCCUGUGGGCAGCUCUGCCUCCGGUCCUGCUGCCGGUCAAGCAGGAAUGGGACCAGCUGGGGCUUCGACUGGGCCUCCAGGUGCAGCAUCUGGAUUCAAGUUCGGUGCUCAGACUCGCCCAGAUGGAGGCGCUUCCGCAAUACCAGGACAGGUAGCAAGGACGCGCAAAGCUAGCGAAGAUGGCGCUGGUCCGGGCAUCUCUGGACUGCCCCCUUCUUCGGGUCCCAACGUUGGACCCCCCGUGGGCAUGCAAGGAAGCACAGAGGUUGGCGGAGUACCCACAGCAGGCCCGGGAGGCAGCAAUAUCGGUGCCGGAGCUUCGAACGCGCCUCCCCGACCGCAAGGCUCUUCAGCUGUCGUGUACCCGUGGAGUCAGCGCACAUUGACGAUGAACCCGCCGAGAUUCUUGGACGAAACGCGGCAAGCACCAGCCGGAGCUUUGAGUCCUUCGCCUUUCCCGCGCUAUGGUCAUGCUGCCAAUGCGGUCGCCAGCGCUGCUGGCGAUAUCUACCUCUUCGGCGGACUGGUGAAGGAAAGCGUCAAGAAUGACCUGUACACUGUCAGCGUUGACCGCGUCGUGCAGUCACCUACUGGUCCUGUCGGCGCUACAUUGGUGCAGACCACUGGUGAGAUCCCCCCUCCGCGAGUCGGUCACUCUACCAUUCUGGUGUCCAACGUGCUCAUCAUGUGGGGUGGAGACACGAAAGUGCGCGCAGAGGACAAGCAGGACGAGAAUUUGUAUCUGCUCAAUCUGAGCACGCGCGAAUGGACGCGGGUCAGACACAGCCCAGACAAUCCCGAUGCUGGGCCUGUUGGCAGAUAUGGUCAUACCGUCGCCAUCGUCGGCUCUCGUUUCUUCGUCUUUGGAGGUCAAGUGGACGGAUCAUUCAUGAAUGAUCUCUGGGCCUUUGAUCUAAACAGCUUGAAGAGCACGCCGUCGUGGGAACUCAUCAGGCCGACUGGCGGCAACCUUCCGCCUCGCAGAACCGGACACGCAAGCGUGACACACAAGGACAGGAUCUACAUCUUUGGCGGUACAGAUGGGCAGUAUCAUUACAAUGAUACGUGGGCGUACGACAUCACCACCAACACGUGGGAGGAGCUUUCGUGCAUCGGCUAUAUUCCGGUACCUCGUGAGGGUCACGCUACUUGUCUGGUCGACGAUGUGAUGUACAUCUUUGGUGGACGAGGAGUCGACGGGCGCGAUCUCGGAGACCUUGCAAGUUUCAAGAUUUCAAAUCAACGCUGGUACAUGUUUGCGAACAUGGGACCCUCUCCCAGCGGUCGCUCCGGCCACGUGCUUACGACCUACCAGAACAAGGUCGUCGUCCUCGGAGGCGAGUCGUUUGCGGGGGGCAAACCGGAUGACCCUGCUAUCGUGUACGUACUAGACACUGUCAAGAUCAAGUACCCAGCGGACAACAAGGGAGCAAGCACUCAGCAAGGUUCCCGCAAGAUAGGUUCGGGCGGUGCUGCGACUGGCGUGCCGGGCCAAGCUGGAGCAGGUGCCAAUCAGGGUCCAGUCAUAGAUCCAACGCGAGCUGCUUCUCCACCUGUACAAGACCCCCGGCGAGCAGCUUCACCCACGCAGGGUAUCAGGCCAGCUCAACCGCCAAACGGCCUAUUGACAAUGAUGCAGCAAGGCGCUGCGAGCCCGGAACAAGCCGUGGCUGCGCGCGCAGCUCCUAGACCGCCAGGGGCUCAGCCCGGGCAAAUUGAACCUCCCGUCCGAGCAAUGUCGCCUACGCAGCAGGCCGUGCGAGACCAACGAGCGGCAGCUCUACAGACUGGGGGCGCUCCUGGUCAACCGCCACCAUCCAUCACGGCCGUGCAGCAACAAGCAGACAACCUGUCUGGUCCUGGUUCUUCCUCUGGUCAUGCGCAAGGCGCAUACAACGGAGCCAGGUCGCAGCGAUCAAUAGAGAAUCUCCGAGGACAAGCAGCUUCUCCAUCCUCUGUGGGUAUCUCUGCACGUGGAUUGAAUGGCAUGCACGACCGCAACGCCUCGCCCGCACCUGCACCCGGCGAUGCUUUCCACUAUGGCAGAGGUCCUUCUCCGCCUACUCAAGGAGUCAACGGCUACAACGUCGGUGGCAAGCAGAGCGGUUCUGCAGAGUUAGAAGCCCUUCGCAAACGAGAGGCAUGGAUGAGGGCCGCGCUCACCCUUGCGGCCAAAAAAGGCUUCGUGGCGCCCGAGCAGCUCGAAUUGCCGGACGGGACGAGCGCAGGCAGUCGAUCUUCCGAGCUGAAUAUUGAAGACAUUGAUACGGGCGUGGAUGGCAGUGACAAGCAGCGCAUAGUCCGCGCUCUUGUGACUCUGAAGACCCAGCUGGCCGAUGCGAAGGGCACCAUUUCGCAGCAGGCGCAAAACGAGGCCACACGAUUGACGGAGGCUGACCGCGCAAGACAGACUGCGAUGCAGGAAGCGGCAUUCUAUCGAGCCAAAGUCCAUGCGAUGGAAUCCUCUAAUCCAACAGAGGUGUCGAGAUUGGAGCGCGAACGCACUACACGAAUGGAACAGCAACUGUCUGAUGCGCUUCGCGAGAAUGCUGAGCUGGUGCGACAGACUAAUCGAGCUCGAGAUGAGGUGGUCUUGGAGAAGCAGCUGCGCAGUGCAGCAGAGGAGCGCCUCUCUGAGACGGCGAAGCGGGCAAUGGCUGCUGAAGCGGCCCAGAUGCGCGCCCACGAAGAGCUCGCAGCGCUGCAGAAGCGCUCUCAUCUCAACGAGAGUACGCUGCGAGACUACCAAGAGAGGGUGACCACUUUGACUUCGACUGCUGCGAGGCAUCAGGCGGACCACGAAACUUCUCGCAGUCAGCUCGAUGACGCCAACAUGGCACUGGAGCGGCAUGUCACUGCUUUGACGGAUCUGCAAGCCGCUCUUGCAGCUGCUACCUCGCGGGCGGCGGAGCACGAGAGGAUGCAUACUCAACAUCGCGAGCUCGUCGAGCAGCACGAAGGCACGCUCAAUCGUUUGCGCUCCGAGCUCAACUCAAAGUCGCUUGAGACGGACUCGCACUCUCGGAGAGUCAAGGAGCUGGAGACUCUUCUGUCGCGCCACCGCGAAGAGGCAGAGACGCAUCGUCUGGCCUCGACGAAUGGCUUGGCUCAGGUUUUGCAAUUCCAUCAACAACGCAAUGCGACGAGAAGCACAAACGAAUUGGCGCCGCAGAUGGAACAGAAGGUUCGGGCACUCACCGAUGAGGCCACAUCGCUGCGUGCGCUCCACUCAGAGUCAAAAGCGCACGCGGAGGCUACCGCCACGGCACUUCAAGACAUGCGCGACCGCAACAUUGGACUGGAGAAGCAACACUCUGGCUUGAGGUCCGAGCUAAGCGCCAUGCGCAGCCAGCUCGCCAUCGCGCUGCAAGAGGUCGGACGACUGAAAGACCAAGCCAGCUCAAAGGACGUUGAGCUGCGCGAGCGCUCUCGUGCUGCAGAGGAAGCUGAGGUCAUGACGAGCCUCCUCAAACAAUUCAUGAAGGAGCGUGGGUUGGCUGUUCCAGGAGAUGAAGAGCUCAGUGCCAAGAGCGGAUACGCAGAUAAGCGCAUCCGUGAACUAGAGGACGAGAUCGACGCGCGUACAGAAGAUGCACGCGAAGCUCAGCGUCGGCUGCAAGAGGCUGUCGGCAAGGCAGACGCCUUGGAGCGCGACCUCGCCUCUGCGCGCUCUGCGUCUGGAAGCGCAGGAGGCGCAGAUACGGAAGCUCUGGAGAGGCGAGCUGCGAAUGCUGAGCGCGAGCUCGCCGAAGCAGUCGCAUCGCACCGAGAGCGCAUGGCUACUCUGGAAAAUGACUACAACACUGCCGUGUCGUUCGUCAAGGGCACAGAGAAGAUGCUGCGCCGCAUGAAGGAUGAAUUGACCAGGUUCAAGACCGAGAAUGCUACGCUUCAAACGGAGAAUGCAAGCUUGCGAGCGGGUGUUGAGCCCGGCGGAGAAGCUGCGACGGAGGCCGCUCGUGAUAUCGAAGCGCUCCGCAAUCGACUUGUGGACGUCACCGCCCAGAGCGAGGAGGUGGCCAUUGAGAACCGUGAACUCGAACGAAGGCUUGCAACGCUGAUUAGCGAGCAAAAAGAGGCGCACGAUCGUUCUCGUGACCUUCAAGACAGCCGCGCGGACUCGACACGUCGUCAGAACGAGCUCGAGACGGAGAUCAGUCGUCUAGAGUCGAAUCUGAACAGCGUUCGAAGAGAGCUGCAGGAAACGCAUACGCUCAAUCAGCACUUGAACAAUGAGCUGACACAAGCCUCGAGGAGUGGCACAGCGCCCCCAGCCGGUACAGCAUCGAUUGCUCGUGACUUGAAUACGGCGCAAGCUGCCAACGACCAGCUUAGAGGCGAGAAUGCCAACCUUGCGCAUCGCUUGCAGGAGACGGAGGAUAAGCUCCAACUGCUACUCGGACGGGUAGAGUCGAAUCAUGAGGGCGACAAUGUGCGCUACUCCCAAGCGUCCAUCUCAUCCGAGCUGGAUGCGUGGGAAAAGGCAAACAACAGCGGAGCGGCGUGA